GGGGGAUAAACUCUGAUUUGAAUUUUAACAGAGUGUUAAAUAAUUUAACGUGAAGAGGGGCAAGAGAAAACACGAGUGCAGGAAAUGAGUAAAUAGAAAACUGAGUGCGGAAAGUGAUGUGGGCUGAAAAAUUGGGGAAACAGCUAGGCAACCCCACUCAGUCAAUUGCAGGAUGGCUGGUCAGCAAGUUGUUUAAGGUUCGCAAUAAGGUCCUUGAGGCGAAUGCUGUGCAGCUGUGUGGGAUCCAGCCAGGGGACACCGUGCUCGAGCUGGGUCAUGGUCCAGGACUUGGUCUGGAAUCGGCAGUUAAACUGCUCACCGGUCCUACGGGUCACCUUAUCGGAGUGGAUUACUCUGAGUACAUGCAUCAGAUGGCAAAGGAACGGAUGAAGGAUUUUCUCGCCACUGGGAAAGUUACCUUACACCUCUGUGAUGUAGCUGCGAUGCCUGUCGCAGUCAGCAGUGUGGAUAAAGUUUUUCACUGUAACUGCUACUACUUUUGGCCAGACCAGAAAAAGGCAGCUCUAGAAAUCCACCGCGUUAUGAAGCCUGGAGGCCUGAUGGUGAGCACACUGAGGCUAGCACAUGUGGCUGUUUUGGGAGCCAAAGGUGUGAUGCCAGGAGAGAAUUGGCGCCCAGAGGGCUACAUGACAGUUCUGAGAGACUGUGGCUUCACCGAUGUCAGAAUGGAAGACAAACAACACCAUGAUUUAACAUUUCAAGCUAUUUUUGCUAUUGCGUCCAAAUGAUCAUGUGUGUAUUUGUCUCACACGUGCAACCAAAAGAUUGCCAAUGAUGUGCCUGCAACUGAACAUUAGCUUUACAGUAAACCAUUUUGUGCUAUUUGGUUGUUGCUCAGGCAUUCCACAGCACAGUGUUAAGUAAUUAAUGCGUUAAUUUAAAAAUUGAAGCUUUGUUUUUUGCUGGUAGAGUUAUGCCAGAUAUAUAAAAAUAUGUAUUUUAAAAGUAUCAUAUUUUGAUCUAAGCUCUUUUAGUGUAAAUAUAAAUUGCUUCUUUGGGAUUGAUAAUGAUGUUGAUUAUGAUAUUGAAAUGUCUUUUCUUGCUUAAAUAUGGCAAAUUCAGUACUACUUUUUGAGUAUUCAUGACAUACUACAGUAUUAACCAGUUGCAUUAAAUAUAUGGUCAAUAAUAGAAAGAAACAGGAGACAGGGCUGGUUGUCACAUUUCUUUCAUGAUGACCAUUAAAAUAAAAACAACACUAAAGAUAAAAUUAGUUGGAUCUAAAAAAUAUACAUGUUCAAAAUAUCUGCUCUAAUCAUUUGGUAAGAAAUAAUUUAUGUUGCAAAAACGAGGAGGAAGUUUAAUCAAAUGGUAGACAUCAAUAUCACAGCACCUGAGUGACAACUUGCUCCAUUUUCUAUGAAUGAAGCAAUUUGUUUAACUGAGAAUGUUUGUUUGUAUGUUUCAUUCAAGAAAUGGGAUUAUCAGAGUAUUUUCUUUCAUAUUUUCAAACACUACAAAAUACAUAAUGAUGUGUGUAAUUAAAAACAUUCAAAAAUAAACAUGUUCUCACAUUUCAAAUCAGAGCGCAUUUAGACAGGAA